AUGGCACCCUCGCACGCUCAUCAACAAAACACACCUAGCUCCAUGUUUCAUCUGAAAGAGGUUCGUUGUAUAUUAAAAGACAUACCCAUCUAUGCAAUAGUUCUGUCGGAGACCUGGCUCAAGCCAAGUAUUCCCACAAUUUCGGUGUUUAUAGAUGUCUACAUCUUCCUAAGACACAACAGAUGUAACAGGUGGUUCCCGGAGUCACCGCGGUGGCUGGCGUGCAGAGGUCGCGAGGAGGAAGUCCAGAGGCUGCUGCGCCGCAUCGCCACCACCAACGGCGGACAGCUGCCUCCGUUCGCUCCACGAGUGAUGCGGACCGUGGCCAAGGUCCAGAAAGACAGGAAGGGCUUCCUCAGCCUCUUCUCCAGCUCGAACGUCUUCAGGAAUACGGUGCUGCUCAUCACUGCAAGGUCUGCGCACGUACUAACGCGGUUCUCGCUGGUGUUGCUGGCUGGUGGUGUGGGCGUGAAUCCCUUCGUGGCUUUGGUGGCGCAGGGCGCGGUCCAGCUGCCCUCUGUCUGCGCCGUCCACGUGUGCGCGGCUCGCUUCGGCCGCCGCUGGACCGCUGUGGGCUGCGCUCUGCUGGCAGGGGUCACCUGCGCAGCCACCUUCUGCAUGCUGAGGGCUGGCAUCAUCGGACUGGCCAUCACGGUGAUGGUGGUAGUAACGCAGUUCUUCAAGACGGGCACAAUCGCCACGGCCAACCUACAGAAUGUUGAGGUGCACCCCACGUGUCUGCGACAGAUCGCAGCCUGCGCCGAGUGGACCGCAGCUGGAGUCGUCAUGUCUGCUCUGCCAUACGUGGCCCUCAAGAGUGACAGACGGACGCCCUACGCCAUUCUCGCAACUCUGAACUUGGGGACAGCGUUUGCAGUAUCGUUCCUUCCAGAAUCGGCGUUGCAGAGGUUACCAGAGUCAUUACAGGAUGCUGCCGUCUUCGGCAAAGACCAGAAGUGUUGGAGCUGGAAGCCAAAACCAGCUCCACAGUAUGCCAUGGCAUAA